AUGAUUGGGGCGAUGCCUGCUGUGGCCGUCCGCCACGAGCGGCGGAGGCAGGAGAAAAAAGUGGUAUGCGUGAAUAAUCUGAACACCGGUGACCGGGAAGGCACGUCAAACACCACUGGAAACCGGAGACCGAGUCUUUUAACACUGCAGUCACCGCAUUCUCAGACCGGCACACCGAUCACUUCUCCGCCGUACAUCCAAAACACGCUGCCAGAUAUCUAUGUCUGCUCAAAAGGUAUAUUAAAAAAAAAACUGCAUGAAAUAGAGCCAUUUCGGUCGAUCCGAGCGGGACAACAAAGGUGUCCGUGCUGCACAUAG